CGGGCGAUAGUUGACCUAAGUUUCUGGAUCGCGGCGGUAAAAUUCCAAAUUUCUGCGCCAUAGUUUGGUGGAGGAGCUCCGACCAACAGACAGACACGGACAACUGUCGAGAAUUAUUAGCGUGCUAAUUUUGUUCGCCGGUGAAACAUUGGCUGUUGGGCGGUGGGCGAAAAAUGCCGAGACCGUGGAUCGUGGUUCUACUCUUCUUAUUCAUCGUAUCAACGUCGCAGCUGGAGUGGGCGCAGCUGCUUGGAAACGAAAUCGAACCGAUUUCUAAGGGUUCUUCUGAGAAGGAAGACUGGAAAUCUAGAGCGAAGGAAGCUGUCAAAGAAAAGAUUAUCCUAUCUCAAGAAAAGAAUAUCCAGGAGCUGAAUGAGCUCGUACAGAAUCUUCAGGAACAGUUGCUACAAUGCAAAAGUGCAAAAUUUGUUGUGAAUGAUACAGUAGCAAUCGAAUUGGCUGAGCAAAGAAACCAGCUUGAUCAGGAAUCCGUGUCUUCCGACUAGACGUUUGUAUACUCACAUUCACAUCAAUGUACUGGUAUGUGUAUUCAGAUGUAUCAUUCACCAAUUACACUUUUUGGUGAGAUAGUUUCCUCAUACUUUGGAGAAACCUGUAAAUUUCAAAUGUGGGGCCAAAUUUGUCCUUUGAGUAUGUACUAUGGAUGGCUGGCUAAUCCAUAUAUGCUACAUGACUGUGUUACCUGGUUAGUUGUUUGCUGAUGUGCUGCAAUAACCAAUCUUCAAUCAUUCAAAGUGGUCUGAAAUCUUAAUGAAAGAUGGAUUCCGAUGGAAGUUGUUCUUUGGAAGUGCCAUUUGAAGGAAGAAACUUUUACUUAUGUUGACCUUAAACCUGAAAACUCAGCUUGUAAGUAGCCGGCCAUGAUCCUGAUAAUGAACUUCACAUAAUCUGCUGCUCAAGUUUUCAGAAUCAUCCAUUUUUGUGCGUCAUUUACUGCACCAUCUUGGUAUCCCAAUAAAUAGUAACUGUGGCUCUACCUACCAGUUUACUUUUCUCUUAAAUUGCAAAUUUAUGACUUUGUGCAGAUGCAUUUAGUUAGAGGAGACUAACGUGUUUUAAUGGUUGUAUUGCUGUUUCUGGAUGCCUUAUUGUUCACUGCAGUUCUCACUAUUUGAUGCUUCUCUUUAGCUCUUAUUUCCCCCUAGCUUCCUUCUUUCCACUGUCUUCCCUGAAAAGGAUUAAUAUUUAUUGUUGCAUCAUGUAUUGUUGGUUGCAGUUUCAUACCAUUCUUAUUAUGAUUAAGAAGAGGGUCCCAGAGCUUUACUCGCUUCCUUAAGUGACUGUACUGUUAUUGUUUGUUUUUUUAUAUCCAUACAUCUACUUUGAAUAAGCCUAGUCAUCGGUUUUAAUUCACAUAAAUUCCAAUGUUAAAUUUCUUCUUUUUGCGGGGCCUUUGAUAUGAUAUUUGCAUGGGGGGUUUGGUUUCCUUCAUGCUUGACAUGAUGGGAUUUCAAACUCCAUGCUUUGAUAUGAUUUGAGAAUGUCUUCCACUUGGUGUAUACUCUGGAAAACUUCUGUUCUAUUCCAUGUGCCUAGAGAACCCGCCAGCCUUCACCCAUCUUGUUUGUAUCAAAAGAAACUGGAAACUCGGGUCGUCAAUUUCCAUUUGCUUUCUGAUGCAGAUGUGUGCAUCGCAGCGGGGGGAAAACCCAGAUCGAGGAGAAGACUAAUCCAUUGGUUCAAGAACCGCGCUUGCGAGAAGAUGAUAACAUUGAAGUGAAACGUUACAUUACUUGUUUUCCUUGCAGCUGCUUAGGAGGUACUACCUAUGUAUUAAGUGCAGAAGGAGUAGCUGUCAACUACAGUGUUGUAAUUGAACACUCAAGAGACUCUGUUGAGCUUAAGUUCAGGUAGUUGUACAAUGAGAUAUAGGUACCGGGAGAUCCAUAGAUGUUCUGUCCAAGAAAAAGAAAGAGGGUUUAGGGUUUUAAUAUUGUUACAGACUUACAGUACAGAGUUGAAGUGUUCCAGGAAGGAAGCAAGUAAUUGUUGGUUAAUUCAUGACACUGCUAAUCAAUUUUACUUUCAGAA